AUGACCGAACCAACUUCAACGGGGAAGACCAUGACCGGACCCUCACCAAUUGAGCAAAGCGUCGCACAGCAGAUCACACCCCCAAACCCCCUACAGAUUUCACAUCGCGAGAGCGUGUCUCCCUCCCACGGAUCUCAAUCCAAUUCUGCACCCAGUGCAAGUGGAUGCUGCGAGCUGCAUAUUGGCGCUGGUACCGAAGACCGGGGUGUGUUUACGGUUACAAUCUGGUAUUCUGAUCCUGGUAUUGGUACUGCCUCUGGGGGUGAGAGCGGGGUCACUACGCAAGAGCUGAUUCUAUGGGAUCGCAAGAGAGAUGGCGGAUUCCCUGAGGUCAAGGUACUUAAGUCGCUGGUGAGAAAUGUCAUUGCUCCCGAGAGGGAUUUGGGCCAUACGGACCGAGCGUUGAGAAAAAACAAGGAAGAGGUGGAUAAGAACAAGCAGGAGAUUAGGGGGAGGGAAGAAGAAUUGUGA